AUGGCUAUAUCCAAGGCACUGAAGAGUUUGAGUGUGCAUACGUCUGGUACAUCUGGUGCUCCCGACUCAGAGGGGGAUGUUACUGGGAGUGUAGGGAGUGCUAGUUGUUCGGUGGGGAAAUGCGCUUCUCAAGGUCAGUCGCUCGACACAGAUGAUAUAGAUGAGAAUGAUGAGUCAGGACAAAAUAUCAUCUUGAGUAUUAUUUCGCAAUUGAAGCCAGGUUCGGACUUGACUAGGAUUACUUUACCGACAUUUAUUCUUGAGAAGAAGUCUAUGUUAGAAAGGAUCACAAAUCAGUUACAGUACCCAGAUAUUAUAAUAGAUGCUCAUUCUGAGCCUGAUGAGUUGGAGAGGUUCGUUAAGAUUGUGAAGUGGUACUUAGCAGGAUGGCACAUAGCACCUAAGGCUGUGAAGAAACCAUUGAAUCCGGUGCUUGGUGAGUACUUCACUGCUUAUUGGGACUUGCCUAAUAAGCAGCAGGCGUUCUACGUAGCAGAACAGACAAGUCAUCACCCCCCUAAGUCGUUAUAUUUCUACAUGAUUCCCGAGUCAAAUAUCAGAGUAGAUGGUACUACAAUUCCAAGGUCAAGGUUCUUGGGCAAUUCCACGGCUGCUAUGAUGGAGGGGUUAUCUGUUCUCCAGUUUUUAGAUAUUAUUGACCCAGCCACAGGUAAGCCUGAGAAGUAUACCCUGACUCAACCUAAUAUGUAUGCUCGCGGCAUCUUAUUUGGGAAAAUGAGGCUAGAGCUUGGUGAUCAUAUGAUAAUCAAAGGUCCCAACUAUCACGUUGAUAUUGAGUUUAAAACAAAGGGGUUUAUAUCUGGUACGUACGAUGCUAUUGAAGGUGUUGUUAAAGACUAUAAUGACAAUUCUUUUUAUGAGAUUACUGGGAAGUGGAAUGAUGUCAUGUAUAUUAAAGAUUUAAGGACUAAAAAUGCUACCCCCAAAGUGUUAUUUGAUGUCCGCUUAGGGAAUUCACUUAAACCAAAGGUUCGACCCUUGGAAGAACAAGGUGAGUUUGAAUCCAGAAAGCUGUGGAAGAAGGUCACUGAUGCACUUGCCGUUCGUGACCAUAAGGUUGCUACCGAAGAAAAGUUUAAAAUUGAAGAUUACCAAAGGGCCUUGGCUAAAAAGAGAGCCGAGGAUGGAGUUGAGUUCCAUCCAAAGUUAUUUAGACCUUCUACAUUGGGUGAAGAUUUGGAGUACUAUAUAUACAAGAAUAUCCCCUUAGGCGAUGACCACGAAGCUCAGAUCAGAGCAAUCCUGGAAAUUGCACCGAUUUUACCAGGCCAGUUCUUUACUGAAAAGUUCGGUAUCCCGGCAUAUGAAAAACAUGAGUUACAACAAAGGGAAUGA